AUGAACCAUAUCCAACGGCCCCAGCGGGACGAGUGCGUAGUAGUAUAUCUGGAUGACAUACUCAUCUACUCCAGGAGCACGUGGAGCAUCUGCGGAAGGUGUUCGAGAUCCAGCGGGAAAAAUAAGUUCUACGUAAAGAUGUCAAAGAGCGACUUCGCCCUGAAGAAGGUGCAGUUUCUCGGGCACAUGGUGAGCACGGAGAGCAUUUACGUGGACCCGCGGAAAAUCGAAGCCGUUAAGAAGUGGAAAGUUCCGGAGAAUGUGAAGGAGUUGCAGCAGUUCCUAGGCUUUGCCAACUACUACAACAGGUUCGUGCCGCAGUACGCUAAGAUAGCAGCGCCACUGACCGACCUACUGAAAAAGGAUACACCCUUCAAAUGGGAUACUCCUCAUCAGCAAGCCAUGGAACAGCUACAGACAGCACUGACUACAGCGCCAGUACUCAUUCAACCGGACCCAGACAAGGACUACGUAGUUGAAGCAGACGCUAGUGACCAGGCAGUCGAAGCAGUACUGAUGCAGGAUCACAACACGGUUUACAGCCUAUCGCCUACCUCAGUAAAAAGCUACACGGAGCAGAACUGA